GCUGGCUGGCUACCUCCACACCCAACCAUCCAAAGCCCCCGACGACCUCCUCUUCUGCUCCCCGCUCUCACUCUCUCGCUCGGAGGCGGAAGGAAACCCACCCCUGAUCAGCGAUCACCACCAGGAUAUUGUAGCUUGUGUUCUGCCGCGAUCGAUGGCGACGAUCACGACGCCGAGCUAUCUUCACAUACAGCGGCAGCGGCAGCACGGCCGGUGCUCCAGGGCCUCGCCCAAUUCGGUGAGGUUCUCCGCGCGGGCCGUCAGCUCCGUGCCGCAGGCGGCGGCGGCGUCGGCGCCGGCGUUCCUGCCCGUGCCGUUCGUGCCGGGAGCUGACGAGCCGUCGCCGUCCGGGAAGCCCGCCAUUGGGGCCGUUCCCAAGACGCAGAGGAAGGAGGAGAAGAAGCUCAGUUUCUUCCAGCGCGCGGCGGCGAUGGCGCUCGACGCGUUCGAGGAGGGGUUCGUGGCGAAUGUCCUCGAGCGCCCGCACGGGCUGCCCAGCACGGCCGACCCCGCUGUUCAGAUCGCCGGGAACUUCGCGCCGGUCGGGGAGACCCCGCCCGCGCGGGAGCUGCCGGUGUCUGGCCGCAUCCCGCCCUUCAUCAACGGCGUCUACGCGCGCAACGGCGCCAACCCGCACUUCGACCCCGUCGCCGGGCACCACCUGUUCGACGGCGACGGCAUGGUGCACGCCGUCAGGAUACGCAACGGCGCCGCCGAGUCAUACGCCUGCCGGUUCACGGAGACGGCGCGGCUACGGCAGGAGCGCGCGCUCGGCCGGCCCAUGUUCCCCAAGGCCAUUGGGGAGCUCCAUGGCCAUUCCGGGAUCGCGCGCCUUGCUCUGUUCUACGCGCGCGCCGCCUGCGGCCUCGUCGAUCCCUCGCACGGCACCGGCGUGGCCAACGCCGGACUUGUCUAUUUUAACGACAGGCUCCUCGCCAUGUCGGAGGAUGACCUCCCAUACCAGGUGCGCGUCACCGCCGACGGCGACCUCGAGACCGUCGGCCGCUACGACUUCGACGGUCAGCUCGGCUGCGCCAUGAUCGCGCACCCCAAGCUCGACCCGGCCACCGGCGAGCUCCACGCGCUCAGCUACGACGUGAUCAAGAAGCCGUACCUCAAGUACUUCUACUUCGCGCCCGACGGCACCAAGUCGGCCGACGUCGAGAUUCCGCUCGACCAGCCGACCAUGAUCCACGACUUCGCCAUCACCGAGAACUACGUCGUCGUGCCCGAUCACCAGGUGGUGUUCAAGCUCCAGGAGAUGCUGCGUGGCGGCUCGCCCGUGGUGCUCGACAAGGAGAAGACGUCGCGGUUCGGCGUGCUGCCGAAGCGCGCCACGGACUCGUCGGAGAUGGUGUGGGUGGACGUGCCGGACUGCUUCUGCUUCCACCUCUGGAACGCGUGGGAGGAGCCGGAGACCGACGAGGUGGUGGUGAUCGGGUCGUGCAUGACCCCCGCCGACUCCAUCUUCAACGAGUCCGACGACCGCCUCGAGAGCGUCCUCACCGAGAUCCGCCUCAACACCCGCACCGGCGAGUCGACGCGGCGCGCCAUCCUGCCGCCGUCGAACCAGGUCAACCUCGAGGUCGGCAUGGUGAACCGCAACCUCCUUGGCCGCAAGACGCGCUACGCCUACCUCGCCGUCGCCGAGCCGUGGCCCAAGGUGUCCGGCUUCGCCAAGGUCGACCUCGCCACGGGGGAGCUCACCAAGUUCGAGUACGGCGCCGGCCGGUUCGGCGGCGAGCCCUGCUUCGUGCCCAUGGACCCGUCCACCGCCCCGCCCCGCGGCGAGGACGACGGCUACAUCCUCUCCUUCGUCCACAACGAGCGCGCCGGCACGUCCGAGCUCCUCGUCGUCAAUGCCGCCGACAUGCGCCUGGAGGCCACCGUCCAGCUGCCGUCCCGCGUCCCCUACGGCUUCCACGGCACCUUCAUCACCGCCGGCGAGCUCUCCUCCCAGGCCUGAUCCCCCGCCCCCCAUUCCACGUUUCUUGGACACCAGGGGCCGGAAGUCACCAGAGGGAGCCCUGACCGAUAGCUCCCCGGAUUCCACCCCCCUUCCACACGAUACAGUUUCUCCUACAGUUACAGUUACAGUUAGUUAGCCUCGUCCUUUUUUUUCCCUUUUCCUUCCAGCUCGUCAGCUCAGUCCACACUAGUCGCUGACUACACUAGUGUUGUGAGUGAUAGUUGUUGCUCUCAUAGUAGUAGAGAGAUUAUAGUAGAAGAAGAACAAGAUUAGAAGAGAGAGAGGGCCCAGCUCGAAGCUUUUGUGUUGGGUGCUUGCUUUUGCUUGCAGUGAGCAACCAGAGCUCAGCCGGUGCCUAUCUAGCAGAUUACUCCCACUGUAGUAUAUACUAGUAGUAUAUAAUUAGUGUUUUUUUUCUUGGGGCAUCUUUUCUUCCCCUUUUUUUUUUUUGGAUCAGACAGGGAUAUGCCUGCACCAGGGUUGUUGUCACCACUGUUCAGAGUUUGGGAUUCUUGUUUCUUCCCCCACCCAGUUGCUGCUGCUGUGCUGCUCCUACUGCUGCUGAGGUGUCGUUUUGGCUUAUGCCUCUCGAGUGUGAGUAUGUGUGUGUACAUUUGUUCAUAGCUGUAUAAUAAAAUCUGCCUCGAGCUCCAUUGGUUUCA